GACUUGAUCAAAUGCAUCCCUACAUUAUCUAAGAACAGCUCUAGUUACAAUGAAGAACAAAUUUCUCUUAACUUCCUUCCUUUUCUUCAUAAUCCAUACAAAUUUGAUAUUCUGCUCAGCAGCUCCUGAACCCCUUCCUCCGGUGCUAGAUGUAGCAGGAAAGCUUCUCCGGGCUGGUGUAAAUUAUUACAUCUUGCCUGCUAUCAUCAUUGGCAAUGAUAUUGGAGGCGGGCUAACACUAGCAAAUGGAACUUGCCCUCCUGAGGUCAUCCAAGACAAUUAUGAAUUCACUGAUGGAAUCCCACUAGUCUUUUCUCCAUUGGACCCCAAAAAAGGCAUCGUUCGCGUUUCUUCUGAUACGAAUGUCAAGUUCUCUAGUACGUCAAAAUGUGCUCAAUCUAGCGUUUGGAAGCUCAGUGAGCUUGAUGCAUUGACGGGAAAGCACUUUGUUGGCAUUGGAGGAGUUGAAGGUAACCCUGGUCCUAAAACUUUGGGCAGUUGGUUCAAGAUUGAAACUUUUGAUCGAAGCUAUAAGCUAAAGUUCUGUCCUUCGGUCUGCAAGUUCUGUAAAGUGAUAUGCAAAGAUAUUGGAAUUGUUUUCCAGAAGGGCAAGAGACGUUUGGCCCUGAGUGAUGAUCCCUUCAAGGUUAUAUUCAAGCGGGAGUGACGAUUUGAUCAUCAAAUGAACGAAAAGUAUGUAUACCCCACCCAAGACAAACUAACAAACCUUAUUGCAACUUGCGAGCGCAUGCUCAAUUAUUCCCAAGUUGGGGGGGGGAAUGAGAUUACAAUAUUUACAAGUUUGUUUUAGUUUCUGGCAUUUUAAUUUCCACAAUUAAGUGUAGGAUGCCCGGUUAGGGAAUGAUAUUGGGAUGAUGAGAUAACCCGUGAUAAAUAUGAUUUCUCUAUUCAAAAAAAGGGGAUUUUGUAGGACUGAAUAAGGUAGUUAAUUUGGAGCUCACAAAA